UCGACGGAUGUUCACCCCUGUGAGACUGUGGAAUAUUCAAAUACAUAAUGGCACUGCUGGAAUUGCUGCCCGGCUCCACCUCGAAAGACCGAAGGGUCAAUCCGAUCAUCCAUAAAUGCCAAUUGCCAGCCGAAAUAGAAGAGGUGGAAUCCCUUAUUCCUGGAAAUGGUGGCAUACCUAGACUGAAAAAAUGGAUAGUGAAAAAUUGCAUACUCUCGAAGCAUCACGCAACGACGAGAUUGUUUAUGAAGAGCUCGGCGAGCAUAAAAUACGAGAUUGAGAGGCACUUGAGGCAUUUCAUCUGCGUUUUCCACCCUUUUAGUCGAGUGACGAUCCUCUGGAGCACCUUCAUCACGUUCUACACCCUGAUCUGCCUGAUUUUCGUGCCAUUCCUCCUGACGUUCUACUUCCAGCGCCAAGACGACUGGAUAUAUCUACUUCUUAUAAUAAAUCUCGUCUUUUCAAUGGACAUUAUCAUCAAUUUCUUCACAGGAUACGUCGACACCACCACUGGAGCAGUACUCCUGGAGAAGAAGUGCAUCAGCCAGCAAUAUUUGACGACCUCUUUUUUACUGGAUUUUUUCUCUGGAUUUCCAUUUGAGUUGGUCUACGUAAUCUCCAGCUGUUGCACAAUCCGAAGUGAUAUUCAUUGGUACUGGACUGGAUUGAAUAUGUUGAAAAUAAUCAGGAUUAGGAAUUUACUGGAGUCUACUGGACAAUUAUGUCAUGUGUACAAAAUGUCACUUCAAAACACAAAAAUAAUUGGAAUGCUAAUAAUUGCCAUCAUAACUUUCCACUGGGCGACGUGCCUGGAGUUGUACAUACCGCUGGCAGCUGGAAGAGUAACCUGGGAGCACGACACAUCUCGAUCGUGGCUAUCCUCCGAUUACAUGAAGAAGAGGGACACAAUCCUGAAGAGGUACAUAAGCUCAUUAAAUCGAGCGACAACCGCACUAAUGAGCUCCAGUCAUUAUCUCCCUGUCGAUACGACUGAGGACAUAAUCCUGAAUCUAUUUUUGACGAUCCUCGGGAGGAUUGGAUUCAUCUAUGUCCUAGCACAAUUGCUGCAGCUAAUGGCAACCUUCGACUCGACAAAAAAACGAAACGUCGGAGAAAGACAACAAUUUUACGAGUACAUGAAACAUAAAGAACUUCCUUAUUCCAUCCAAAAGAGAAUAUUCAAGUAUUAUGAGUUUUAUCAGAAAAAUAUUGAGAGGGAUCAGAUGAUUAUUUCACAAGUUUCACCGAAUUUACGAGAGGUGCCACAGAAAUCCAUUAAUUUUUUUAAUGCAUAA